AUAUACUUACAUUACACUCAGAAGUGUCUAUCAUCACAUCUACUACUAAUGAAUUCUUCUUUUUUUUCAUUUAAUACAGAUUUGCAUUUAUCGCAGUAUAUUGUUCUUCAGAACAACUUCGCGUGCUUCGAAGAGAUUACAUGAUCAAAUGUUCUACAGCAUUUUGCAUGCGCCAAUGCGAUUCUUCGAUUUAAAUCCAUCUGGUCGGAUUUUAAAUCGUUUCUCAAAAGAUAUGGGUGCUAUCGAUGAAAUAAUGCCAAGAGUGAUGAUGGAAGCCAUCCAAAUAAUAUUAGUUAUGCUCGGCAUACUAGCAGUGAUCGUGAUAGUGAAUCCGCCAAUGAUUUUCGCUUUAUCAUGUGCCAUAGUUUUGUUCGCUCUAAUUAUCAAGCUGUACCUACGACCGUCCCAAGACUUGAAGCGUUUAGAAGGAAUUUGUCGUAGUCCGGUUUUCUCGCACUUGACGGCGACUAUCAACGGUUUGGCGACAAUACGAGCAAGAAAUAUUCAGAAUAAGUUAGCCAAUGAAUUCGACCAUUUGCAAGACGUCCACAGCGCAGUCUGGCAGUUGGCAAUGACAUCGAAUACAGCAUGCGGCUUAUGGAUGGAUUGUAUCAGCACCGCAUUUGUUGCGAGCGUUACAUUUAGUUUUAUUAUUUUUUAUGAAAAUACAUUCAGCGGAAAUGUUGGGUUAGCCAUUUCACAGGCGCUAAUUUUGACCGGCAUGGUUCAAUAUGGAAUUAGGCAAGCAACAGAGACUAUGCAGCAGAUGACAAGCGUCGAACGAAUUUUGCAGUAUACAGACCUAGAACCGGAACAAAGUCCUGAUGAAAAACCACCAUCGGAUUGGCCUAGAACUGGUAAAAUAAAAAUGCAUAAUAUGUCCUUGCGAUAUGACCCACAAGGACCGCCAAUAUUGAAAAACCUUCGUUUGGAGAUUGAAUCUGGUUUCAAAGUUGGAGUUGUGGGUAGAACCGGUGCUGGCAAGAGCUCAUUGAUAGGAGCUCUAUUUCGUUUGGCCCAUGUUGAUGGAAUAAUUGAAAUAGACAAUAUCAAUACUGGGACAAUUGCGUUGAGCAGCUUGAGAGAGAAAAUCUCUAUAAUUCCCCAGGAUCCAGUUUUAUUUUCACAUACAGUCCGCUACAAUUUGGAUCCGUUUGGUCAUUACACCGAUGAUGCUAUGUGGCGAUCACUGGAGGACGUUGAAUUGAAGUCAAUGAUUGAAAGCUUGGACUAUUUUGUAACUGAAGGCGGAACCAAUUUCAGCCAAGGCCAACGGCAAUUGAUAUGUUUGGCUCGAGCUAUUUUAAGAAAUAAUAAAGUAUUGGUGCUAGACGAGGCCACAGCCAACGUAGACCCACAAACCGAUGCGCUCAUCCAGAAAACAAUUCGCGAAAAAUUUAAACAGUUUACCGUUAUAACUGUAGCGCAUCGAUUACAUACCAUUAUGGAUUCCGACCGUGUCCUAGUUAUGGAUGCGGGCAUUGCCAAAGAGUACGAUAUUCCACAUAAUUUGUUACAAAAUGAAGAGAGCAUUUUCCGUGGAAUGGUUGAUGCGACUGGUCCUCAGGAGAGCGAACAGUUAAAGAAGGUUGCAGCGCAAAAAUUCAGUGAAAUAAUAUCGCCAAGUAGUAGCAAAUGAACAUUAGAUGCGAGCAAAUAUAUAGCAAAUAUAUGAAGUCCAAUUGUCAAAACAAAUAUGCAUCCUUUCAAAUAUCAACAAUAUUGAUUAAAGUUUACUUUAAAUAUAUUCGGAUUUUGUCUUGUACCAAAAAAUGUAUUUUUGAAUUUGUGAAAUUAUGUAUACAUAAAAAAUGAUUCAGAAUAGUUAUUACUCUAAAUGGGAGAGGCCGUCAAUUUCUUCUGACUCCUGAAUAAUGUACGGUGUAUUGGUGGGUGUCAGUGCCUGAAAAGAGUUUUUUUUCGAUCAAUACAAAAAACAUGAAAA